AUGGACAAAGCCACCGCGGAAACAGAAACCCAAGCAGACACCGACACAGAGACACUGGUCAGCCACGGUGAACACAGCAACCCCCACAAGCCCGAGCCAGACUGCAAGUCCAACUCCAACGAGAAAUACAACGACAACAGCCUCAAAUCCAAGCUCCGACGAUUCUUCCGCCGAAAAGCCCGUGAAAUACGCGAGCAGUGGGACGACUGGGCGGUGCUGAUGCCGGCCAAGAGCCAUUUGGACUCCGAAUACAACUUUCCUGCUGGGCGAUGGGCCGGGAUGCCGCCUGAGAUGGCGGAAUCGACGUGUUGA